UAUCAAGCUAAGAGCUACGAUAAAAAGAUUUAUAUAUUUUUUAAUUGGGAAAUAAUAGUUUAAAUUCAGAAAAGUAUUUUCGGGAUUGCAAUAUUACCAUAUAGAACGUAUAACUAUAGUAAUUUUAUAGUUCCUGAAAAAGGAACUUGUAUGAUUUUUGACUAAUUACAAAUGACUAAUUACCUCCUUCUUUUCCAAGUCGGUUAAAAAUAAAAUAAAAAGAAAAUCACAAAAUAUGGAAUUUAGAAAGAACGAAGUUGUUUGAUACGCAAUGGUAGAAAGAAAUCAACCCUAGCGAAGAUAUUUCAAGCAGCGACGUUGUACAUUGGAAAGGCCAUGACUUUAUCCAUGACUCUGGUCAGGCGCCAGAUCUCGCCCUUGUCCACAGAACACAUAAUUUCUGCUUUUCAUUUGAUAGAAAUUCGCUACGUUGACUAACAAAUAUUUUUCUUCUAACAAUUUUCGAGAGGAAUUCAUUAUUGAAUGAAAGUAAAAAUUUGCAUAAAUGGUGGGUGGAUGGGAUGAGGUAGGGCGGGUCUCCAACCGCAGCAACUUGCUCGUGGUGAGACCUGGGUAAUCGUUAUUAUUUGAUGACUAAUUAACAACUGUAUCAUUAUUUCUAUGGUACAUUUAUUAAUUAUGCAGCAAAUAAUACGAGCGAAUUGGCUACGAAAUUUAUGCUUUUUCUUUUCUCUUUAAUCUCUGUUAUAUAUUUUUCAGGAACUAUGCCUUUCAGAUUCUGAAGUGUAUCACAUUGCAACUACAAUUUUACGGAAAGAAAAUUAAUAAUAAUGAAUGCAUGGUCAGUAUUGUUUAAUUAUGUACUUAUACAUAUAGCUAUCGUAACAUACACGUGUCAUUUAGGUAUAGCAUGCGAUAAUUGAGGCGUGUUCGGCCUGUUUUACCGACACGAAAUUCAAAGUUCGGCCAUUCAUCUGUCUCAUGGAAAACGUAACCUCUACUAACGAAUGAAGUAUAAUUUAAUCAUGAGUACGCCGGUAUUGACAAAACAGCAGCAAAAACAUUCUCUGUCAGCGAAAAAAGCGCCAAAUAAAGGACUGCGAAAUGUCUUAGCUCAACCACAGGAUAGUUACUGGCCGAUCGUAAGUGCAGAUAAAUGUAAAGUCUUGGAAGACCUUCUAAAGAAAUUAAUGCCGGUAAUUAAACGCCCUUCUCAUUCAAUCCCAUGGUCACAACUAAGGCACAUGAAAAAAGAAGAACGUGCACAAGCAAAAAAGGAGGCAAUUUCAAAAGUGGAAAAUGUCCCAGACCCAAAGAUAGGAAAUUCUGUUGUUUUGGGUAUUAAUGCAAUUACAAGGGCUUUAGAGAAAAAUGAUAUUUGUUGUGUCCUAAUGGAUGCAAGUAUAGAACCACCACUUUUAAUAAGGCAUAUUAUUCAGAUGGCACAAAAUAAUAAAAUACCACUCUUGCUAUUACCUGAGUUGAAAACUAUUACAUUGAAUACCAUAGGAUUUGCAUCUGCUGCAUGUGCACCAAAGAAUAUUGUGAAGGAAUCACAAGAUCAUUAUUUUUAUCCAUUGCAUCAGAUGAUACAUGAUAUUUUUAAGGAUGUAUCUUUACCAAAAAAGACAUUUAAAUUAUUUGAACAACUAAGCUGUUCUGAAGAAUCAGAGUCGUAUGAAACAGACGACAUGAGUACCGAACCUGAGUCACAGCUUGAACCGUCAGAAUCAAAUAAAUUUACAUUAUCUACCGAUGUAUAUAUGUAUAGAUCUUCGCGUAAUGAAAGAGCGUUUGUUCCACCUACUGCAAUAGAAACUCCUACAAGUGAAUCUGUUACAAAAGCAAUAGAUUCAAAUGAUUUCAUUGCAGUGAGUGGUAAUGAUGAUGAGUAUACACAUGUUAAGAAACAUUCAAGAUAUAUAAAUAUCCGCAAAGACAAAAAUUGGAAACAACGAAAACAGCAGACGAAAGUUAAUGACGGCGAAAAUGUUACCUAUUUUCCAUUGAAAGUGAAACGGAUACAAGGUAAUCCCAAUCGUGUAAAAGCUACGAAAGUAUCGAAACAAAAGAAAAAAAGUUAGCGAUUAUCGAUAGGUACGGUUUCGAUCUGUUAUAAUAUUGUAAUUAUUGUUAAAGUUAUGUAUUAUAAUAUUUAAUUAAUGAUAAAACGAAAUCUACUCGACACAUCGAUACUCGAGUCUGAUAUUCUUUUUUAAAAAUAGUUGAGAUGCUGAUAAUUAUUGGCUUAUUUCGUAUAGUUAAUAAAUAUGAGGAAAACUUUUUAUUAUACA